UUGCUUUCCUCCUGUACAGAUCAUGUUUUGCACUUUGAACACUCAUAAAGCUGAUAUGGACAAGCUCUUAGGGGCACAAAUUGGCCUGGAAGAUUUCAUAUUUGCCCACAUAAAAGGACAACGAAAAGAAGUAGAAGUUCUUAAAACUGAUGAUGUGCUUGGGCUUACCAUUACAGACAAUGGAACUGGCUGUGCAUUUAUAAAGCGAAUCAAAGAAGGUAGCCUUAUGGACCAAACCAAAAUGAUCUGCGUGGGUGAUCACAUAGAGACUAUAAAUGGAAAAAAUGUGUCAAAUUGUCGGCAUUACGAAGUUGCCAAAAUGCUGAAAGAUCUGGAGAAAGGUCAGAUGUUUAAGCUGGAGUUGAUAGAGCCUAUGAAAGCAUUUGAAAAGCUGGAACCAAGGUCCAAAGGUGGAACUCUGCCAGAGGCUAAAAUCUCCAGAGGGAGAGAAACACUUCGGCUGAGAACUAAAGGCCCUGCUACUGUGGAGGAAAUGCCAUCUGAAGUUGAAGAAAAAGCAAUUAAAAAAGUGGAUGAGCUUCUUGAAACAUACAUGGGGAUAAGAGAUAUUGAAUUAGCUGCAACAAUGGUGGAAGCUGGAAGGGACAAGAAAAACCCAGAUGAAUUUGCAGUGGCAUUGGAUGAAACUCUUGGAGACUUUGCCUUUCCAGAUGAGUUUGUCUUUGAUGUAUGGGGAGCAAUAGGUGAUGCUAAGCAAGGACGACUGGAAUAAGAACUGCACAGUUUAUCAAUCCCUAUUUGAAAAUACAAAAUUAUUUUCAAAUACAUGUAUCAGAAUUUUAAUACUCUUAUUGAUAUGAAU